AUGGCCGCCGCAUCCUCAUCAUCAAAGGCUUCGAGCUCGAAGCGCAAGACGCCAACAGCCACCGGUAGCGCUUCCGGUAAAAGCAAGAAAGCCAAGUCGGCCUCGAGUUCGACGGGGGACGAAGCGUCGAUACCGCUAGGAAGGGCGCUGGCGUCUACGGAGAAGCGCGUUCGGGAUGGCGCCGUUCGGUCACUGACUGCGUACUUGGCUGAAAACGGUGCGCAUACUAUCGGCGAUCUGGAGCUGCAGAAGCUGUGGAAGGGUUUGUUCUAUUGUUUCUGGAUGUCGGACAAGCCGCUCAUCCAGCAGCGGCUCGCAAACGACCUCGCGCAGCUCGUGCUCGUCCAUCCUGCAUCUUCCAGCUCCACCACGGCGGAGGGGGAGUCGACGGAGCGCGCACUUGCAGGGCUGAAAUUCCUCGAAGCAUUCUGGGACACACUUGUCGCCGAGUGGGCCGGGCUGGACAAGCACCGCAUCGACAAGUUCUACCUGCUGGUGCGCAGGUUCGUUGCAGCGGGUUUCCAGCUGUUGGCCGAGGAGAAGUGGAACAAGGCGGCGGUCAAGAGGUUCCAGCACGUCCUGGGCAAGUUCGAAGCAGGCGUGUUGAGCACCAACGACCCCAAGGUGCCCGAUAGCUUGACAUACCACUUGUCGGACAUCUACCUCGACGAGCUCGAGAAAGUCAUCGAACAGCUGCACGACGCUGAAAUCAACAACGAAGAUGACGAGGAAGGAGAAGACGGGGAGCUGCCGUUGGUGCCGACGCUCGAGCUGUUGAUGCCGUUCGUGGAUGCGCUGGCAACAGCCAAGAGCAAAGCCAUGUACGACAGGAUUUGGGCCAAUGUCUUUGAGCCGUUGCUGGAAGAUACGCUGGUAGCGUCGGCUCGCGAUGAAGGCAAUGUUGUCUUCUCUGACGAGGACCAAGACAAUGAUGACAAAGAAGAGGAGGAGGAGGAGGAGGAGGAGGAGGAGGAGGAGGAGGAGGAGGAGGAGGAGGAGGAGGCGGGAGACGAAACGACCAACGGAACCGAGUUCCACUCUUUCGCCGACGAGUCCGCCCUCGCCCGCAACAACGACGACUCAGACGACGACUCGGAACCGUCUCUCCCUCCCUCUGAUUCUGGCGAGUCGGACGAGGAUGAUGGGGCAGACGUCCGGUACCCACUCCUGCUCGCCCUCUCCGCCGUCCCCACCCCCACCCGCACCAACAAGGACGUGCAAGACGAUGACGACGACGAGGAGCUCGACGAAGCCAGCGUCGACGUGGCCCUCGUGCUGCGCAAAGCCAUCUUCCAGGCGCUCUUUACCGCCGCAUCCCGCAAGGAUGCUACGGAAGCCAGGCGUAGACUGCUCUAUCAGCUCUGGAGGGACGAACAGGAUCGAUUGAAUGAUCUGCAGGGUGACAGCGACGACAACGAGGACGAGGAGUAG